AAGGAUUACUGCGCGUUCCUCUGCCCGGGCACGGCGCGCGCUCCCGUCCCCUCAGACACACGGAGAUGGCGUCGCGCGUGCCCGCUGGUUACCCUGGCAGCCAAGGUCUCUGCAGCCACCUGUCUCCCCAACUCCGGAGCUCCGCAAGUGACGGCAUGGGGGAGAACCUGCGCCUGCCCGGCAUGUACCGGCGUGUGAGCGCCUGGAGUGAUAGCGGGGAGGAAUGCACGGAGCCCGGGAGCCCCCGGAGGAGACCCGCCUCCGUGCCCCAGCAGCUGAACGAGUGCUGCGAGGAGUGGAGCUCGGGCAGUGAGCGCUCCGAGGCUCGGGGGUACAGUGACCCAGAGGAGCGCUUUAUGGGAGGUCACAGUGCCCGCCUAUCCCGGGACUAUGGCCGGCAGAACCCUCUGCUCAGAGGCAUAUUCCAGAUCGACAAGAAGAGCUGUGACGUUUUCCUAACUUCCAGCCAAUUACUGUGGAGCCCCAUUCACCCCGAGACUCCAGGCAGUUCCAAAACCAGCCAACUGCAGAAAGAGGAAUCUAUUGACCUGCAAGAUAUAUUUUCUGUGAAACUGAAACGCCGCCGUGCAGCAGGACAGGAGAAAGGUGGCACCUUGUUGGGAAUCACUCUAUUUUUGUGCAUCAGGAAUGGACACAAACUGAAAGAUGACUCCAUUAGCCUUCUCAACCUAAGUGAAGAUUUCUGUGACAUAUGGUAUCGACAAUUAAAGGAAAUAUUGAAUGGUUUUCCUAAUAGGCCGAAGUCUCUUAAGGUAAUCAUUAACCCGCACAGUCAUAAAGGAGAAGCGACCAAUGCGUAUUAUCGGCACGUUGAACCUCUUUUCAAGCUUGCUGACAUUCAGACCGAUGUUACAGAAACUAAAUAUACAGGACAUGCUCUUGCUUUGCUUAAAGAAUGUGAACUCCAAGAAUUUGACGGAAUCGUUUGCGUUGGCGGCGAUGGAUCAGUCAGUGAAGUUGUUCAUGGUCUUCUUCUUAGAGCCCAGUUGGAUGCUGGGAAGAAUGUAAACGCCAACUUCAGUCCAGUCAGAGCAACAUUACCACUUGGAAUAAUACCAGCAGGUACCACCAAUAUUCUGGCUUAUUCUCUGCACGGAAUUAGACACUAUGUAACUGCAGCAUUGCACAUCAUUAUGGGAAACAUCCAGCUGGUAGAUGCCUGCACUUUCAGCUGUGACCACAGGCUCCUGCGGUUUGGGUUUUCCUCCAUGUUUGGAUUUGGUGGAAGAACACUUGCUCUUGCCGAAAAACAUCGCUGGAUGCCCUCCACUCAGAGAAGAGAUUUUGCUGUUAUUAAAACACUUGCCAACUUAAAACCAGAAAUCUGUGAACUAUCUUUUUUACCCAUAAUAAGUCAUCAAUCCAGUUUUUACGGAGAACACAAAAAGAAGGAAGAUGGGAAUUAUGUUGAGCCUGAGAGCAAGGAUCAGUGGCAGCACAUCCAGGGUCAGUUGCUGAAUGUCAGCAUUAUGGCAAUCCCCUGCCUUUGUUCCAUGGCCCCAAGAGGCCUGGCGCCUAAUACCAGGCUGAAUGAUGGAACAAUGUCACUUAUAGUUGCACGGAAUACGUCAAGACAAGAAUUUGUGAAGCAUUUAAAGCGCUAUGCCAGUCUGAAAAAUCAGUUUAAUUUUCCAUUUGUGGAAACCUACUUGGUUAAAGAAGUAAAGUUACGGACUAGAAGCAUCGAACAGAACGGUGAAGUGCAUUCUGUUUCCAGUGAAGAUGUCCAUCCCUGGAAUAUUGAUGGAGACUUACUGGAAACAUCCUCUGAGGUUCAAGUGAGAUUGCAUCCUGAACUGAUUAAUCUCUAUGGGAGUAACAUUGAAGAGCUGGAUGAAGUGAAAGGAAAGUGCAAUUGCUUGUAGUGUAGAGGAAAAUAUGCUCCCAUGCUGCAGUUUUUUACAAAAAUUACAUCUUUAUUUGUGAGAGCAGAAACAUUGCUUUUUUUCCAUUCAGAAAUAUUCCUAUAAUUAGAAACACAUUUACAGCCAUAAAACAUUCAAGCCAACUCAAAUAAAGAACUUCCCUUUUAAAGCUAU